ACUGUUCACUCUACUCUCUCUUCUGCCUCUUCCCUUUCACCUGAACAUUGUACGAAGAACUAAACUUACUAGAACUAGAGAAGCAUGCAAUCAGAGUCCAAAAGUGCAAAUUGUGGGGAAGCCAGAACUUAUAAUGUUCCUAAUUCCACUUUAGAACCUUGGUGGAAUACUGCUGGUAAUAAUCCUGUUUCUCUUGGACUGAUGCGGGGAAGUCCAUCAGAUUCACCAUCACCCGAACAAGCUGUGGAUGGCCUAUCACAGUCUGAUGGUGGAUCCAACGAGGAAGCUGAUGAUACUCCUGAAAAAUCACAAAGUACCAUACCUAAGCAUUCAGAGUUAGAUGGGAGUUAUGUGCAAGUAGAUCAGAAUUUACAGCCAAUGGCAUCUGCCAUACCUCCAAAGGGUGAUGGGUGCAUAACACAACCCCCACAGUUUGAACUUGUUGCGCACUCCAUGGCAUGUGCUCCAAAUCUGUAUGUUGACCCAUACUAUGGUGGAAUACUGGCACCUUUUGGUCAGCCUAUGGUCCCUCCUCAUGUACUUGAUAUGCAUCAUCCGAGGAUGCCUUUGCCUCAUGAAAUGGCUCAAGAGCCUGUUUAUGUCAAUGCCAAGCAGUAUCAUGGUAUUUUGCGGCGAAGAGAGUCACGUGCGAAAGCAGAACUUGAAAAGAAGCUGAUAAAAGUGAGAAAGCCAUAUCUUCACGAGUCGAGACAUCAGCAUGCCUUGAAAAGGGCAAGAGCUUCUGGAGGGCGUUUUGCAAAAAAGUCAGAUGCUGGUACUUCAAAGGGAGAUGGUUCUGGUUCUGCUGUUCCUUUGCAGUCUGUGCAUUCAUCAGGUUCUGAACCUUUACUGUCCAAUGCUGCUGAUGUUCCAGAGUGGCACAAGGAUAGAAGUUUGGCUGAGCAUCAGAAUUCUUACUCGAAUGGUAAUGGUUAUGGAAAACAAAUCAGCUUUCAGGAAUCGAAAUAUCAGGCUCAGUCUGCUCAGGUAGGGGAAGGAGGUUCUUCCGGCCAGCGAUGGUAGAAACAUCACAUAACACCUUUUAGUACCUCUGGUCCAAGCCUGGUGGCAAUUCAUCCUUGGCUUUUUAUUUCAAUGUUAUGGAAAAGAGGGGUCAUGCGCCUAGUAGAUUCGAUUCUUCCUUUCUGUACAUAAAAAAAGGACUAGGACUAGAGUUGAAAAAGAAGAAUUCAGUGAGCAUAUGGCUAGCUGUUUAGUCUAAACUGUAAAGUUAUAGGUAUGAAAAGUUGUAGGUAGAUCAUAUACUUGUCAAACAUUUCCUUUGUAUUGCUGUAUUUUAGGAUCUUGAUUCUGUGAAACUUCGAAUUUGUUGUUUAAUUCGAUGACAGUGGUUGUAAUGUCCUAUUUCUUGUGAAUUUGUUGAUCCAAGUACAACACAUUGUGACGAAAUUCGUACAAGUUGGUCUGAA